UGUAGGUGUCGCUGUACCCCCACAAAUGGAUGCUGCCCCUAUGGGCACUGGAGCCACUCAUAUUGGCGCCAUUUUGGAGCAGGAGGGGGAAGAGCUGCAGAAGAGAGGACACGACUGAUCACAGUUCACCGUUACAGGCAGUGAAGAGCUGAGAGGAUGGCUCACUCUAAAGCUCGAGCCGCAGACGGGAAGGUGACCUACCCUCCGGGGGUCAAGGAGAUCUCCGAUAAGAUCUCCAAAGAAGAAAUGGUCCGUCGACUCAAGAUGGUGGUGAAGACCUUCAUGGACAUGGACCAGGACUCGGAGGAGGAGAAGGAGCUGUACCUGAACCUAGCUCUGCACCUUGCCUCAGACUUCUUCCUUAAACACCCCGACAAAGACGUACGUCUGUUGGUGGCCUGCUGUUUGGCCGACAUCUUCAGAAUCUACGCCCCUGAGGCUCCGUACACCUCUCCUGAUAAACUCAAGGACAUUUUCAUGUUCAUCACAAGACAGUUGAAAGGACUGGAGGACACAAAGAGUGCCCAGUUCAACAGAUACUUCUAUCUGCUCGAGAACAUUGCCUGGGUGAAGUCCUACAACAUCUGCUUUGAGCUGGAGGACAGUAACGAGAUCUUCACUCAGCUUUACCGAACGCUCUUCCAGGUCAUCAAUAACGGACACAACCAGAAGGUGCACAUGCACAUGGUGGACCUGAUGAGCUCCAUCAUCUGUGAAGGAGACACUGUGUCCCAGGAGCUGCUCGACACUGUGCUCGUCAACCUGGUCCCAGCGCACAAGAAUCUGAAUAAACAAGCCUACGACUUGGCGAAGGCUCUGCUGAAGAGGACAGCCCAGGCCAUUGAACCAUACAUCACCAAUUUUUUUAACCAGGUGCUGAUGCUGGGGAAGACGUCUGUGAGUGAUUUAUCCGAACAUGUUUUCGACCUCAUUUUGGAGUUGUACAACAUUGACAGUCAUCUGCUCCUGUCUGUGCUGCCACAACUAGAAUUCAAACUCAAGAGUAAUGACAAUGACGAGCGGCUGCAGGUGGUGAAGCUUUUGGCCAAAAUGUUUGGAGCCAAAGACUCUGAGUUGGCAGCGCAGAACAAGCCUCUGUGGCAGUGUUACCUGGGCAGGUUUAAUGAUAUCCAUGUUCCCAUUCGACUGGAGUGUGUGAAGUUUGCCAGUCACUGUCUCAUGAACCACCCAGACCUGGCAAAAGACCUCACAGAAUUCCUCAAGGUCAGGUCACAUGACCCGGAGGAGGCCAUCCGCCACGAUGUCAUUGUCUCUAUAGUAACUGCAGCCAAGAAGGACCUGUCACUGGUCAACGAUGCAUUGCUCAACUUUGUUAAAGAGAGGACUCUGGACAAGAGGUGGCGCGUUCGUAAAGAGGCCAUGAUGGGGCUGGCGUCAAUCUACAGGAAGUACUCUCUGAAUGGAGAGGGAGGGCGAGAGGCGUCCAAGCAGAUCUCUUGGAUAAAAGACAAACUGCUACACAUCUACUACCAGAACAGUAUUGACGACAGGUUAUUGGUGGAGCGAGUCUUUGCUCAGUACAUGGUCCCUCACAACCUGGAGACGACUGAGAGGAUGAAGUGUCUCUAUUACCUUUACGCCACAUUGGACACUAAUGCAGUCAAAGCUUUGAACGAGAUGUGGAAAUGCCAGAAUAUGCUAAGGCACCAUGUAAAAGACCUGCUUGACCUGAUCAAAAAGCCCAAGUCUGAAGCUUCAAGCAAGGCAGUAUUUGCCAAAGUCAUGGUCAUCACAAGGAACUUGCCAGACCCAGGUAAAGCCCAGGACUUUGUGAAGAAAUUGGCCCAGGUUUUGGAUGAUGACGAGCGGAUCAGAGACCAGCUGGAGACCCUGGUCAGUCCCUCCUGCUCCUGCAAACAGGCUGAAAUAUGUGUGAGAGACAUCACGAAAAAGCUCGGCAGCCCCAAACAACCCAGUAACCCCUUCUUGGAGAUGGUCAAGUUCCUGUUGGAGAGAAUCGCACCAGUUCACAUCGACACAGAAUCCAUCAGUGCGUUGAUAAAACAAGUGAACAAGUCUAUAGAAGGCACAGCUGAUGAUGAGGAGGAAGGGGUCCCCACUGAAGAGGCCAUCAGAGCGGGUCUAGAACUGCUCAAGGUGCUGUCUUUCACUCACCCGGUCUCUUUCCACUCUGCGGAGACUUUCGAGUCCCUUUUGGGAUGUCUGAAAAUGGACGACGAGAAAGUGGCUGAGGCCGCGCUACAGAUCUUCAAAAACACAGGCAGCAAGAUGGAAGAGAGCUUCCCCCACAUCAAAUCUGUUUUGCUGCCUGUACUGCAGUCCAAGGCAAAAAGAGGCCCCCCUCGUCAGGCCAAAUAUGCCAUCCACUGCAUCAACGCUAUGUUCACCAAUAGAGACACUCAUUUUGCACAGAUUUUUGAGCCCCUACACAAAGGCCUGGACCCUGCAAACCUAGAGCAGCUGAUCACGCCCCUCACCACUCUGGGACACCUGGCACAGCUCGCCCCGGAGCAGUUUGCUGCACCCCUCAAAUCUCUAGUCGCCAAUUUCAUCGUGAAGGACCUGCUUAUGAAUGACAGGAUCCCAGGCAAAAAGACAACUAAACUCUGGGUACCUGACGAUGAAGUGUCUCCCGAGACUCAAGCAAAGAUCCAGGGCAUAAAGCUGAUGGUGCGAUGGUUAUUGGGAGUGAAGAACAACCAGAGUAAGUCUGGAAACUCCACUCUGAGGAUGCUCACCGCCAUUCUGCACAGUGACGGAGACCUGACAGAGCAGGGCAGGAUGGGGAAACCAGACAUGUCCCGGCUGAGACUUGCCGCAGCCUGUGCUCUGUUAAAACUGGCUCAGGAGCCGUGUUACCAUGAGAUCAUCACUCUGGAGCAGUACCAGCUCUGUGCACUCGUCAUUAAUGAUGAGUGUUACCAGGUGCGACAGUGUUUUGCCCAGAAGCUUCACCGGGGGCUCUGUCGCCUGCGCCUGCCCCUUGAGUACAUGGCCAUUUUCGCCUUAUGUGCCAAGGACCCAGUGAAGGAGAGGAGGGCCCACGCUCGCCAAUGUCUGGUCAAAAAUGUCAACAUCCGCCGGGAGUAUCUCAAACAACAUGCUGCUAUUAGUGACAAGUUGUUUUCUUUGCUGCCCGAAUAUGUUGUGCCCUACACCAUCCACCUUUUGGCUCACGACCCAGAUUAUGUCAAAGUGUCAGACAUUGAGCAGCUCAAAGAAAUUAAAGAGGCUCUAUGGUUCGUGCUUGAGAUUAUAAUGGCCAAAAAUGAGAAUAACAGUCACGCCUUCAUCAGAAAAAUGGUAGAAAACAUAAAACAGACAAAAGAUGCACAGUUGCCCACAGAUGCCAAAACCAAUGAGAAACUGUACACUGUGUGUGAUGUAGCAAUGAACAUUGUUAUGUCUAAGAGCACCACCUACAGUCUGGAGUCACCAAAAGACCCUGUGCUUCCCUCACGCUUCUUCACUAAACCAGAUAAGAACUUUAGCAACACAAAAAAUUACCUUCCUCCGGAGAUGAAGUCCUUCUUUACUCCUGGAAAGCCCAAGUCAGCCAAUGUUUUGGGAGCUGUGAACAAGCCUUUAGCAUCAGCCGGGAAACAGUUGAGUAAAGCCUCUCGAACAGACACUGGUGACGAUGACUCCUCGUCCAACCCAGCGUCCCCGAACCGCGGCAAGUCCAGGCAUGACAGUACGGAAAAUGACCACAGUGAAAAUGAAGAUUAUGGCCUUAACAGUGACAAGGACAUAGAGAAGCCACGUGGUCGUAAACGUGGUGUGACUUCCAGUGACGACACUGACAGUAAACCAAAACGCGGACGUAAAAAAGCAGUAGCUUCAACAACUGAACCUGAAGACCUGUGGGACGAUGACACUAGACCAGAGGAUGAACAGAACAGCCCUCCCAAAAAACGCAGAGGACGGCCCCCCAAGUCUGCCUCGGCCAAUCAGGACUCUCCACCAAAAGGGAAGAGGGGCAGGAAGAAGGCAGCCCCUCCUCCUGAGGAAGAGGAGGAUGAAGAAGAGGAAGAGGAGAGAGAUGAGGAGAUGGAGGAAGAAGAAGAGGAGGAGGAGCGCAGCAGUGAUGUAGAGGUGAAGAGCAGAGGACGUGCUGCAAGAGGCCCCAGGCGGUCACAGGGGUCAGAUUCAGCAGAGUCCACUCCACAGAAGAGAAGAGGACGCCCACCAAAGUCAGCACAGCCUGCGGCAAAGAAGCCAGCGCGUGGUCGGAAAGCAGCAGCAGCUAAAGACGACUCUGAGGAAGAGGAGGAAGACGACGAUGAAGAGCAGGAAGAUGAGCCAACACCGAAGGGUCGCAAGAAGGCAGUGGGCCGGAGAAGAUGAAUCUCCGUCAGCACCAGCAGGGGAGGCGCUUCUUGAGUUCACUCUUGUAGGAAAAGACGAUACGAACAUUAUGAACUUUUUAAACUUUUUCAUACGUUGACGCUCCAACUGUUACACAAGUUCACACUCUCGCAUUCGCCAUCAGUAUCAUCCUGCGCUGUGGGUUGUUGCAUUGUGCUGCAUUGUGCUGCCAUUUGCCACAUUAAAUAGAAAAUCUUUUAACAGAAAAACAAAAAAAUCAUUUGUAAAUAGUCUCUUAUGUCUGUUUCCUGUUCUGUUGUUGUUGUUCGUUGCUGACUGGGGGGAUGUUGUCAAGCCUUAUUUGCUUAUGUUGAUUCAAGUGCUCUGUUUGAAAGCAAUAUGUCAAAUUCCCCCUUCUGUGUUCUAUUUUAAGAGAUUAAUCUUUUUGUGAUUGUUAAUUGUGCAUUUUACACUUAAAAAACCCUUGCAUUUGUUUACAGCUCUGUAUAUUAAAGCCUUUUUUUACCAUGUAUGAAAUGUCCAAAUGUAGAGUUGAAAAUUGUAGCGUGCCUGUCAUUUUUUAGGUUAGCCUGACGUCAUGCGCAGCUGUGGUUGUCGUAGUGUGUCACUGCUGUUAAACUUGGCUUCACAUCCACCCAGUCAGACCUCUGUUGUAUCAAUAUAAUUCUCUAUAAAAACUGA